UAUUCAAGCAAGCUCAGAAAAACUCACAACUUCUAAUCAAAACUCAAAUCAACCAAAUUUCCAAGGCCCUAGUUUUUUUUUUCAGUUUUCAGAAGUUUUUUUUGUUAAACAAUGGAAGCAGGAAAGGUUGCCAAGGGAGGAAGGAAAGGUGGUGAUAGAAAGAAAGCAGUAACAAAAUCAGUCAAAGCUGGUUUACAAUUUCCAGUUGGUAGAAUCACUCGUUUCUUAAAGAAAGGUCGUUAUGCUCAACGUGUUGGUUCAGGUGCUCCAGUUUAUCUCGCCGCUGUUCUUGAAUAUCUAGCCGCUGAGGUUUUGGAGUUGGCUGGAAAUGCUGCCAGGGAUAACAAGAAAUCAAGGAUUAUACCAAGGCAUGUGCUUUUGGCAGUAAGGAACGAUGAAGAAUUAGGAAAGUUGCUUGCUGGUGUUACUAUUGCUAGCGGUGGAGUUCUUCCGAAUAUUAACUCCGUUUUGUUGCCAAAGAAGGGUCUUGAGAAAGAAACAACACCCAAGUCUCCUGGAAAAUCUCCCGCUGGAAAGUCUCCAAAGAAAGCUUAGAUCUAGUUUCUGUUAACUCUGGGUACAGUCUAGCUAUGUAACUAAAUGUGCAAUGAAAUCAAACCUAGAAACUCUGCGGUGGGAUUAUUUUGGUGGUUCGAAUGAUCUGUUUUUUUGGGGAUUAGUUUUUACAGAUUUAAAUCUGAUUCGGGUUUCAAUGUUCAUAGGCUUGUUCGGAAUAAAUUGAUCUGAUUUCUUGACAAA